CCCUUGUCACGGACAAAUACGACGCAGAAUUCCGCGCCGCUAACGAGAGCAAGCAACAACCGCCCGCAACCACAACCACCCCCACAAAUUAAUGGCCGCAACUACCUCCUCCCCCGCCUCUACCGCCGGCGCCGCGAAACCUGCCGACGCAAACGUGAUACAGGCGCGAAUCGACCUCCAGGUCUCGAAAGCCCGGAACCUAGUAGCAUCAUGGCUUCCCGCCAGGCAAUCCGCGACAGCAGUUGCGGACAACGACGAUGAGGACGACGAGUUAUUUAAGCCCGCACCACCCAGUCUAGGUGUCGGCGCGCCAAUUCCCGCCGAGUUCAAAGUUCGUGGAGCAGGAACCGACACGUUACGGCGGAAUCUACUUGGCGGCCGGAAGCCUACGAAACAGAUGCCCGCUGCGGAAAAAUUAGCAGCCCGGAAACGAGUGGAAAAGGAUGAUAGCGACGAGGAUACGGGACGCUCCGCACUGGGUGGUGUUGGAUCCAAGAAACGGAAAAUGUCCAGUGAUCUGAGAAGGAAACCUGCGAAGGUUUCGGCCCUGGUAGCUGUGAAAACUGGCGAGAAGAAGGCAAAGGCCAAGAAGGAGGACGAAGGGUCAAAGACGAAAGAGGAGGGAGAGGCGAAGGUGAAAGAGGAGGACAAGCCCGAGCCCAUGGAUGUCGAUGAUACCCCCACUGCUGCUGCUGCUGCUGCUGGCGAUACACCUUCCACGACUGUGGACGCGAGCAAGAGGAAGUCGAAGUCGAAAAAGAAGAACAAGAAGAACAAGCAAGGAGCAAGCGGUGCUAUAGCUAAAGCAUAGCACUGCUUACUCCGGCAAGGCACGGGAAGUCCAAGCUCAGUAUCCCUACGAUACAUCGCAGGCUUUCUUUC